AGAGAGAGAGAGAGAGAGAGAGAGAAUAUGCACAUUUAGCAAUGUAAGUGAUCAUAAAUUUUAUUUUGUCUGGAGAGUAGUAGUACCCUCACCUGACCUGGUAACGCUGCAAGAAAAUUACACAACUGGCAACACAGAACUGCUAGACGCGGCCCAACCAGCCGGGGACUCCACAUCGACACUAGUGCCGGUUCUUUAAGUCGACAUGCAAAUCAAGAUAGAACAACCUAAAUUAUCCAAUACAAAUUCCAAUAAUUAGCGCGGCUAAUACAAAGGGUGUUAUGUACAGGUAAGACAUUACAGUGCUCUUGUUAUGUACACAUCACACUGCAAAGAGCAAUGUGUACCGUAAUAACAGAUCGUGCUUAACUUUUCAUAUGUUUUCAUAUAUUUUCAUAGUUUCACGGAAAGCCGUACCGGAUUUCUCCUCCGGUAGACACACAUUUAUUAAUGUUGAUUUGUGGAUUUUGUGUCAUAUCUCUAGUUAAUGAUGUCCUAAGCAUUUCGCAGUAACCACGUGGCGGAAAUGCUGAGAGGAAGAGGUAAGAUUAGGGUCCAAGGAUACCCAGAGAGAUACUGCUGAAAGGGGAGGGUAUCUUGGGAGGGAGUGGCUUGCGCGGGGGUGGAGGGAUGGAGGGAAUUGAAGGGUCGAGACGCGGACACGAGCCCUGCGUAUCAGUCCCUGCCCUAACCUGACGACGAGUAGUGGUAUCCCUCCCACAUCAUUAGCUUCAGUGACCGAUCACCAAGUGUCACUGUGAUGUGGCAAUUACUGCUAGUAGCGGGCGUGGCAGCGGCAGGUGGCGGCGUCAGAAGUUGCCUGCGAGAUCCUCCUGCUUGCGACGGAGUGGGUGUGAUUCACCUGCCUGAGAGACAGACAGCCAUAUAUGCCAUAGCAGGAUCUUGGGAGAUAAACCUGCAUGGUGAUGUAAUACGACCACAGACAACAAAGAAACAAGUAAUGGUGCAGGGAUAUGCCGCCGUGACUCGAGUGUCCCCAUGUAGGCUGAAGCUUGACUUGUGGAAUAUAUCUUUUAGUGACUGGCAGGAGGGUGAGGAAGACAUGGUGGAGACGUGGGUGAUGGUGAGUGGGGGCAGUGUGGGUGCUGUGUGCAGUCCUUUGCCCACUGUGUCUCGUUACUCAGCUCACCUGCAUUCCUUGGCACGGAGUGUAGCAUCAGCUGCCCUUAAUGUAGUCCCUGAAUUAGGUGCUCAGCCUAUGACAGCAUCUGAGAGUGAUGAGCAUGGCCACUGUGCCACAAGGUACCAAUUGAUGCGAACAUGGCCAGGGGGAAGGGAGAUGCUGCGGACAAAGAAUUUGGCCAUGUGUACCCCAAGGAAUGCUGGACAUAAAUCACUCUCAAUUCUGACAGACAAUGCAACAUUGAGCUGUCGCCAUAUGUAUGAGGGGAGUAUCAAGGAUGAGACACUGCGCCAUGUGAGAUGUCAACAAACACUGACCCUCAGCUCUGUGGGUGUUAUGGACUCCAUCCUCACACUCAGCUUCCUGCAGUCUCAUCCCUUCAGACCUGUUUCACUUAACUAUGGUCCCUUACAUGAAGUCAACCUGGGAAUGGAGUUGAUGCCCAGGUUAACUAAGCAACAUCAAAUUACAAAAGCCUACAAUCUGCUCAGUCAGAUGUGUGAGGAACUGAGUCAGAGGGUAACAUCUAAGGCUGCUCUUUUAUAUCCUGACCUGAUAGAUGUCUUACAGCACCUUGACCAGGAAACUCUCAUGCGACAGUAUCAAGAGAUCAACAGUGGAAGACUUUGCCCUAAUCACCAGAAACUGAGGGGUGUGUUUUCUGGUGCCUUACGGGACUCUUCUGCCCCCACUGCUGCUGCUGCAAAAUGUUCCUUGAUAUUAGCUGGCCUUGUAAGAUCAUCCUCUAGUUGGGCUUUGUCUCUCGCCAAUGUCAAACAACCCAGUGCUGAGACAUUACAUGUUUGUGGUGGUCUUCUGGCCACUGACCACUGGGAGGCCUCAGAAGUUUUAGGUAUUGCAACUAUGGCAAGCCAUGCAUCAUGUAAAGAUGAUGGUGACAACUGUUUAGUAAUGGAGGCUGCAAGAAGGAUUGCCCACCGCCUGAGUGGAAAUCUUAACAGUUGUUCGGAACUGGACCAUCACCAUCAAGUGUUGAUUGCAAUUCGAGGUCUUGCUAACAUGAGACAUUAUGGACACGAGGUGGAACUCAAGUUACACAUGUGUGGUAGCAACGAACAGGCAGCAGACUCCAUUCGUGUGGCAGCCAUUGCAGCACUUGGCAGGGGGCCUUGCUCUUCACAGGCGCUGAACUGGCUCAAGUGGAAAGUACUGAAUGAAUCCUUAUCAUCUGAGCUGCGUAUCACAGCUUUCCAGUCUUUGCGGCGAUGUAAUGAAAAAGAGGCUAAGGCAGUAGCCAUCCUUAUCAAUCAGAGAAAUUCAGACUCUCAAGUAAAAUCCUAUGUGAAUGACUUUCUGAGUGACAGUAAGUCCAGUCAAGAUACUCGCCAGCUUUCUCACCAUCUGCUAGCCAACUUGACAGCUCUCCUGGGACUGCAAGAUACAUACCUUUUUGCUGAUGUUGUGUUUCAAGACUCAUUCUUGCCUCGCAGUAUUGGAUUAAACUUGUCAUCUCCCUUGCUAAAGCAUGUUGGAGGAAGUAUUCAGUUUGGGAGUCGAUUGGAGAACCUGGAGAACGUGCUACAAGCUCUGUUUGGCCCCAAUGGUUUGGCUAAAGGCAGUAUGGAAAUUUGGCUUGCUACAUUGAUAGAGAAAAUUGAGCAGAUGUUUGCUACAGCUUCACAAGAUUUCAUCCAGAGCCAUGAGCGAAAUAAAAGAAGUUAUGCCCUAUCUGAUGUUGUUCAACUUCUUAACAGGGUCCAGCACAAUGCAGUAACAGAACUGCAGGGAUGGAUAUCAGCAGGUCUUGGGGACCAGGAAUGUGUUUUUUUUCCCUAUGCAUUUGAUCCAAUGGCUCUUCACUGGGAAGAAUUAAUUACAUCAUGGUUUGAUGAUCUCCUGGAAACAACUUAUUCUUCUCUCAUCAAUUCCAAUGCAGAACUAACAACUGCAUGGGCUGAAGUUGAGGAGCAAGUGUUGGUAUGGAGUGUGAUAGGAACUCCUGUGGAGGUGUGGCAGCAGGAAGGUGGUUUGAUCUCCCUGGCAGCUUCCUCUGAAGUCAAUCUCCUUAGUCUUCUCACCAACCCUUAUGCCUCUACCGUUGAUAUUGGUCUAGGACCUAGCAUGGGAGUAUACUCCAGGCUGGGUAUGAGUGUUAACAGUCUUCCAGGAAGGACUGUUGUAACUUCCACCACACAAGCUGCAGCAUCUGUUGAUGUCACUGCUGUGUUGGCAUUACAGGGCAGUGACCAUAUUGAUUUGAGAAUUGAUCUUCCUGACUCCUCCUUCCAUGGCUAUUCUGUUCAAGCCACCCUGAGCUUGGAGACUCCAGAAGAUGAUGAAAGAAAUCAUGAGGAAGAAACCCAUGACAUUCAUGAGAGUCAAGACACUUCAAAUGAAGUUGAAGAUGAUGAUGGGUCUACUUGUUUUGAGGAUGACAGCAUUCUUGCUGGCAGUGGUGAAAAAUUAUGGGAUAAUGAGAUUGGGGGAAUGUUGCUCACAAAGCAACACUGUAGCAGAGGCCUUGAGACAGCUUUGGGAAUAAAAUCAGGCCAAGUGAAGCAAUGGGUCAUGGGCCAACAAGCAGCAUCUGUCAGGUCUUUAGGUUAUCUUCAAAAGAGGGAAGGUAUCACUGGAUACAAAAUGAUAAUUUCCUGGAAGAAUCCUGGUAAAAAGUCAUUUUUCCUGGAUAUGUCCAUUGAAGCUGAAGGCUUGUACCAGGACUAUAGGGCAGGCCUAGUCAUUGGCAUCACCUACAGUCCUCACAUUACAUUCAAGGUUCAGGGUCACAGUAAAGAGUAUUCUGCCUUUGCCGAAGUAUCCCUGGUGAAUGACCCAAAUUUGAAGCGCAUUGAUGGUCAUAUCCAGUAUCAGAGAAUUCACUAUGGAUUGAAGGCAGAGCUGCUCAUGGUGCAGGAUGGAGGGCAUAUGAGUGUAAAGCCCAGACUGGUGGUGAGCUAUCCUGGUGUGCAGGAAGAUGCAUUGCUGGAAGGUUACUUAGCCAGCUAUUUUUCUGACAAGAUCAGCAGUGUUACUGUUGAUCUCUACACAGAAGGCUCUCUGAAGGUGUACCUUGAUACUGCUCUCAAAGGUACAGCAGAGGUUAAAUACACACUUGAUGGGAGCAAGGUUGUGACCCUAAAGAAUAUUAAUUUUUCCUCUCAAAAUCUGUCAUUUGGUGUGGAAGCUACUCUUUCUCAGAAAAAAAAUGGUGUAGAAGGAAGAGUGCAGGUAAUGUGGGGAGGGAAGAUGGCAGUGAUGGAUGGAAGAGCUAUAAUUCUUGGAGAUGUUGGAGCUGGGGAGGACAAGGAAUAUGAGAUGAGCCUUCAGGUUUUGCUUCCCAGUUAUCCACACCUUGCCACUAGCAUCUUAUGCAUUACUCAUGCACAAGAUUCACAGAUAACGAAUAAUAUAACUCUGACAAUGGGACCUGAGGCUGCAUGUAGAGAGUUUCGAGCGUUUCACUCCACAUCAUGGAUGGUGACUCAAGAACAAACUAAUUUUAAUGGCCAUUUGCCACAGAUAGUGCCACACCAUCAUGGUCUAGCAGCUGAGGUUAUGAAUCAACUAUGGAUCACAUCUCCAGAUGUGGAUAUUGAGUGGAAGAUUGAUCAUGGGGUGAAGAUGACUGAGAGGUCUGUGGAGAAUCUUAUCGUUGCUGAUGUAAAUGGAGAACACCACAAAAUCAAGGCAAACUUUUAUGACCAAACGCAGGAUGCAUUCAAGUAUCACAUUGAGUUGGAGCUGAGCUUGGCUAAUUGGCACUUCAGUUACAUAGACACACUGGAACAAGAAGCAGAAGGGAAGGUGUUGGGCUUCAGUACCACUGUCAUGCCUUCUGGCCGAAUCUAUACCACUACAUCCAGAUACUUUAUGAAUACCAAAAAUUCAGUAAUUCAGUUUGAAAUAUACCUUGAUAUUUUGGUCAAGGAUGGUAGUGUAAGCUGGAAUAUUACUGGACAGGAAGUUCUUAAAUGGACACCCUCUGGAAUCACCUUGGUGGGUAGUGUGAAGGUUGGCCAAGUGGAUGUCUUUGGGCUGGAGGCUUCACUGGAGGGCAUCACCCUAUCCCAUAUGGACUUCCAUGCCAAAACAUGGACUAAAGAUUUGUAUGAAGGGGAAGUGUCUUUUGGAACUGAGGAUGGCAAGACUAAUUUUUCCCUCAACCUUCUUGUGAUUCCCCUUGACCAAGAAAUUAUCAGUCAGGUGGCUGUGGACCACCAGCAAGACAGUGGUGGGAAGCUGGAUGGAGAGUUAUCAUGGGAUGCUCGUGGGGAUCCUUCCAGUGCCCUCACUCUCUCAUCUGCCAUCCAGCUGCCUCAGGUUGGCUCACCACUACAGAUGAGUGGAUCAUUGUCUCUUCUUCAUUGGACUUGGAAGACUAACCUGAUGGUAGACUUUGGAAAUGCAGUUGGGGACAUACACAAAGUAUCUUUCAUUUUCAUCUUACCUGAUAAAUCCAGGUUUGAGACAGGUUCACAAAUAGAUUUAUCAUUCAGCCAGAAGAACUUCUCUGUUAGGACUGAUUUUUACCUUCACCUACCUGCUGGAGACAGGCAUAAUUUAUCAGUGUCAGCCAAAGGGAUACUGAGUGAUGAGCUAAGUGAAGCUAGUCUGAACCUACAUGCUGAUUCUCCAGUCAGUCAAGAGAUGCUUUUCUUAGCCCAUGUUAUUAAAAAAGAAAGCAAAGAUGCAAGUAAUCUGAACUUUAAGUUACAAACCAGCUCAGAGGCCAAAUACUGGGAGGUGUUUUCUACUGAAGUAAGGGGUGAAUGGAAUGGAAAGCAAAUAGAUGGAGCUGUUGAGAUUGACUGGGCAGAUGUUGCUGUUACGUUGAAUAUAUCGGGUUUCUACGAGGUUAUAGAUAACAAACAUCACUUGGCAGCUUCAUCAGAGCUAACAGUGCCAUCAUUAGCUAUUUGGCACCAACUGAAGUCUUCCAUGGAAGGAACUUUAAGUAUUGAGCAGAAUCCAUCUUCAUUCAAGGUAACCCAGAGUGCCAUGGUUGAGAAAGACAAUAAGGAAGUGUUCAGCAGUCAAGGACAGUUGACAGUGCAUAUGCCAGAGAUGACUGGUGAACUUUCUAUUUUCCAUGAUGGAAAAUUUGCCUCCAGGCAGCUCUACAAUAUGGAAGGAAAAUUUACAGGGCAGGAAGUUGAGAUGAGGAUUGUGGGAACAGUGGAUGGUGAUCCUGUGAGGGCCACAGUUCAUUAUGUCCAUAGCAAGGAAGUGAAGGUCUAUGCCAGCUACCGAAGUGAAGACUACUUUAGCCUCUCCCUCACUACUCAGCUUCAGGACUUCCUCAUUGGUACCAUGGGGGAAAGGGGUCCAGCCUACUCCCUCAGCACAGAGGGCCAACUGGUAGUCCUUGGGCAACAGACCAAGAUGAACCACAAUCUAUCCAUCUCUGAUACACGGGCAUCAUCUUUCCUUAAACUUGAUCCCAUUGAAGGAAGGCCUUUUAUGCUCAAGAAAACUCGUAUCAAACUUGGUCAUAAUCACUGGCGCACUGAUGUCAUCCUUACUUGGGGCCAGCGUAUCUUCACCUACCAUGAUGAAGUCAACAUUCCCAGUAUGAGAGGACUGUCAUUCAGGGUAGAGAUUAAUGCAACAGCUCUUAGACUUAAUUCAAUAGUGAUGCUAGUGGAAACAGUUGAAGAAGCUCAAGGAGGACAAACAGUUUACUUGCAUCUCCAGCAACGCAAUUCUACCAUUCACAGUGCCAGGGUUAUGUUUUACAAGUAUGACGCAGAUGGAGAAAGUGUGUGGCAAGCUGGAGCCACAGAUGUUGUACUAAACAAGCAAAUAUAUCAAGAUGUUAUGUUUCGCCAUAUUGUUAUACCUCUUACAUCAGGCCUAGAGGUAAAAAGCAAUAUGACAGUGGGACACACACCACUCGUGAUAAUUGCAGUGCGAGUGACUCAUGAUGUAAGGGCCUUAGGGUUGGCUCUGUGUACUACUGAUAAGGAGUGUGUGCGAGUGCAGGCACAAGCAAUGGCACAAAGCACACCCUCCACCAGGACUCUCUCUGUUUCUGUACAUGCCCUCAACUCCAUGUUUUGGAAGGAUGAAUGUGAACCACUCAUUCAAAACUCAGUCACUUUUCUAGCAGAAGAAACGGCUGAGAAAACGAUGGUGUCAGGGGGUGUACAGCGGCUAGAAUGUGUGGAAGUGAGCUGCAUCACCUCCACUACCCAGGGUCUUCUACACACCACUUUGCUCCUUACUCAUAACACUCUUGAUGUGAUGGUGAACACAAGCCACCGCACCAUUGCACUGGCAAGUGUACUGCAGGAGAGCCAGCCAGAUGAGGUUCCUGAAACUAGCCUUCCUGGCAGCAUUCUGGCCCACUCCUACAUACUAGAAAAUCAACUGUGGCUUGAUAAAGAACAUGAUCCUUCUGGUGCAGUUAAAUGGACUACCAGCCUAGCUUCUUAUGUGUCUUCCAGAGCUUCAGAAUAUGCUCUCUCAUCAUCUCUUCAUCAUGCAUCUUUUACCAAAGACUUAGAUGUGAAGAGCUCCCUCAUACUCAGAACAGAGUCCAACAUCACCAUUGUAGCAGUGCUUGAUGUUUUCUCCUUGAGAGAAGACUCUCUCAAAAUGGAGGUUAACUUGCAGCAAGAAAGUGGGAGGUACAUCCUACAUGGCACCUUAUCUAAGGCUAAGUUUGUAAGUGGACACUUGGUUGAUGCAACAGUUAUUGCAAUGCCAUCACCAGAUAGCAGUGAAUUCAGCAUUACAAUGGUGAUUCUACCCCAAACACCACCACAGCUCUCAACUACAAUGCCCCCAGCUCUACACUUCAAGCUCUUUUGUGAGCUGGAUGCUGUAGAUGACCACACAACUGUCUCCUGCAAGCUAAUGACUCCGUCAGUAAAUGAGGAGAUCAGUGUUGGGUACCAGAAUUGGGAGACAAUAGGCUGUGUAGGAGGCAUGGGUUCUCUGGACCUCCAAAACCAUACCUACCAACUCCAGUACAACUCCUGUCAUGAUCCUGCAAGCAUACAGACUACUCUCUCCCGUAGAGGUGAAAUGCAAAUCAAGGAUGAACUUUCACUCAAGUUUGGGAUGGUGGAUGCACAUCGGGCAGAAGUGGAUCUUUUGAGUGCCACUGGCCUGAGUGUGCAGCUACAUUCACCUUUCUUGCUUUAUAUCUCAGCCUACCACAGCAAGAGCCUUCAGUCAUGGUGGCAAGAUAUCAUGAUCAGAGCUCAUAAUGAAUUGCAAAAUUUGACAGUCAUUGCAAAAGGUAUAGUACAAGACAUAAUGACAGAUCUUCAAAACACUAAACGCUUGUCGAUCAUGAGUAGCUCCAACUCAGCUUCCAAUCUAGUCCAGCAUCUUUAUACUGAAGGUUAUCAGCUACUACAGGAAAUACAGAACGACCAGCUCCUGCUAGACAUAAUCCAUAGCAUCCAGACUUCUUUCAAUGUCACCAGCAUAAUUGUUGAGGCUGGUUUUGCUUAUGUUAAUCACAACUAUGGAGAAACUUUCCAAGAAGUAGUGACUGGGAUCAAGGUAUGGCUGGAAGCUGUCACCAUGAACACAGGUGCCUGGUUCGUCCAGUUGGUGGAAGAUGUUCAGCAUUACUUCAUCACCACUCUUACUUUCAUCUCUAGUUUUCCUCGCAUAUUACUGGAUCAAGUGUUGUCAGUGCCAGUUAUAGGCCAAGCAGCAGAGUGGACAUUGGGACAGAUUGACCUGAUUCAAGAAUCUGUUGUUUAUUCAUUUACCAGAGACUUGAUCUCCAUUAUUGCAAAGUCUCUCCAUAAGGUAUUGUCCUUUGUAUAUUCUGAGGAAAAAAGGACCUAUAACAAAGUGGACAAUGAAGUCUGGCAUAUCUGGAUUCCUCUGGGCAAAUGUGGCCACUCUUUGCUGGAUGUGUGGCAGUACAUUUCUGGUACCUCCAAGAGGACCUCACAUCAGGAGUUUUUGGGGUCUACUCUCCUCAGCUGGUGGCAUCUCCUCACACACCCUCUGCAGCUUUUCCACCACCUCUCCCCUCCUUUUCCAGGAGAAGGAGCCAUUAUUGGAGGCAACAAUUUUAUAACCAUAGAUGGUAACAUCUUUAGUUUGGCUCCUUCUUGUCUACACAUCCUGCUAACUGAUGCAAAGCAUCAAUUUUUCACUAUUCUGUCCCACCAGCAAGAGGUUGGGAGUGGCACCAACUAUACACUCCUGUUAAAGAAUACAACUGUUAAUAUUCAGUCUAACAUGAUGGUUACUAUAGAUAAUGCAACUGUCAGCCUACCAUACAUCAGUAACACUUUAAAUGUGGUGCGUCACCUCCAUAAAUUGGAAGUUACUGCCAGACACACUUCAGGAGAAGACUUAGUCACUUUCACUUGCUGGUUAGGACAGCAGGCAUGUGUUGUGGGUGUGAGUGGUUGGCUUCAUGCUAACACUAAAGGACUGCUGGGCAACUUUAACCUUAAUCCAGCGGAUGAUUUCAUGAGACCAAGUGGAAAGGUGGCAUUAAGUCGAGAUGUCUUCAGCCAAAGUUGGCAGUUGGGUUCUGAAUGUGUGCCAGAGAGGGAAAUUCCAGUGCCUGCACCUCAUCCUGAGACACAGCUGCUGUGUUACAAGUUCCUUCUUCAUUAUACUGCACCUGUCUUUGCCUGUCAUGAAGCUGUGAACAUCAUGCCAUUCUACAAUACCUGCCUGAAAUUCCUGACAACUGCACAUGAUGAUAGACAUGAGACUCAGAAAGAAGACUAUGAAAACACCAACCCACAGCACAGCAGUGAAAUUAGUACAUCCUCACUGCCCACCUUCACAUCACAGAAUGAUGAAGAAACCAAUAGCACAGAGUAUGAAGUUAACAGGAGAGAUGUGCCCUUGCUAUUGAUUGAAGGAAAUUAUAUAUUCAGUAGUAUCUCCCAAAAGAAAAUCUCAAUGUUGUGUGAUGUUGCAGCAGCCUACUCUACCAUAUGCAGUUGGCACAAAAUAGACUUAACUCUACCUUCUCUUUGUGAGAAAGGAAAGCAGCUUACAUAUGAGGAACCUCUGUCCCCUGAGCCCCAACUAGAUUUAGUGAUGCUCAUUAAUGAGGAAUCAUGUGACUCCUUCAUUUAUCAAAAUUUGGUGCGUCCACUUCCUCAAGUCUUGAUGAGAGUUGCCCAAGGAAAAAAUAUUAGUGAUAUCCAAAUUGGCAUAUUGGGCUUUGGGUCCAGCACUGGUGAAGUGGUGUACCGCACUAAAGGCACAUCCCUCCUCACCCCAGCCUCUGACCUAAGAAUUAUUCGCCCUCCAGAAGGACAACGCUCUCAAGCAUCCCUUCUGAGUGGAAUGAGAGCAAUAAGCAAAUUUCCUUUUCGAACAGGAUCUAUGCGUGUUGCUCUUGUCAUGCGGUGUAACAGCCGUGAUAUUCCAAAGUUCACAGAGACUCUGCCUAAGGAAAUGCAGAGGAGGCGUUUGGUUCUGUUCACUCUCACACCAGAUCUCCUGAUGUUUAACCCUCGCCGUCCCAAAGCUGUCCGCAAUACUAUAGGUAUUGACCGAUGGAGGGUGUAUAACCUGCAUCUGGAUCGCCAGCACUCCACAGAUUCUUGGGGCAUCAGGGCACCAGGAUCUAAUAUUGCUCAGCUAGCCAUGAAGAGUGGAGGAGGAGUGUUUUCCUUAUCUGCACUGCGGAAUGAUGACCGAACCAGAUACCACAUGAAGCUAUUUCGAAGGGUUCUCAGCAGAGCUAUCAUCAGAGUAGCAGUGAAUGCAUACAGGCAGAGACCACAAGCUUAAAUCCGUGUUUUAUGGAUGAUAAUUCUGAUAAUGCCUGUAAGACUUGUGCUCAUAAUCGUCCCUUGACAAACAGAAUGGUAAUGUAUGUGUUAGCAGAAGUUUACUGAUUUACAGGACUUGAUAAGCUUUGCUUUUUGGGAAAAAAAAAAUGUAGUAGAGUUGGAAAGCAAUUUGCAAAGUAGUACUUUAGUAUUUAUCAGUUAAGCCAAAAUAGAAGUUAAAGGGUAUAAGUUUGAAACUGAAAUACAAAAUUGAAGUAAGAUGUUCAUGUUAAUGUAAAUUUCUCCAGAUUGAUUAACUACAUGGUAAAUCUUUAUAGUAUUAUAAAAUCACUGUACACCUCUUCUUGUUCCAUUUACAGUAGAAUGUCAAUUUAACAUGAAUUAAUUUAUAGUUACCAAUUUAAAAUGGCACCUUAAUAAAAAGACCAAAAAUCAAUUUAAAACAAAUAAUUUAAGUUUUAAGCAAAUUGAAAUCAGUGUGCAUUGUUCUUCUGCCUCAAGAAACUUCCAAUAAAAAUAAUAUUGCAAUUUUGUGUGGAACUGAUUUAGAGUGAACUUUCGUGGACCCAAAAUUGCAUUAAAUUGACAUUCUACUGUAUGAUUAACCUUCCAAGUUAAUUAAUGAUAAAAAAUUAAUAGAUGGUGGAAUUAUGUCAGAUAAUUAUGAUCAUAGUUACUAAGAACACAAAUGUACAUUAUAUAUCAUCAAUGUGCUCAUACCACAACAACCAUUGGUAACAUGUAGAUGGGGAAAGUAGGGUUAGACCUACCAUGACAGACUUUUGGAAAGGUGUAUAAUAUAUAUAUAUAUAUAUAUAUAUAUAUAUAUAUAUAUAUAUAUAUAUAUAUAUAUAUAUAUAUAUAUAUAUAUAUAUAUAUAUAUAUAUAUAUAGUGAUCAUGCUCUAUAAAUAUAAAUGUAGUUGGGCUUAAUCCACAACUGAUCUAAAGAUUUUAUUGAAAUAUUGGCAAAAGAAUCUGGUUUGAUCCUUUUUGAAUGUAGUCAUAACUUAUUUCCUUUAUCCUAUGGCCAGUCUUCUUGAUUAACUGUAUGAUUUAUUUGUAACUAAAGUAUAUUACUUUAUGUAAUAUUUUGCUCUUGUCUUUGGUCAAAUAAUUGAAAACAUUUGCUUUAUAAAUUAGUAAUGAUUAUAAAGUGACAAGUGAAAAUAUCCCCAUAUAAGAUCAGAAAAACAUCCAUAGCAUAUCAUACAAAUAAUUGUAAGAAUUUACUUAUCUAUCAGAUAAUUUCUGUUUUAUGACAGUAUAAAGACCAUUGUACUGUUUUACAUCACUGUUUCUCUUAGAAAAAGUUUGGAUUUACAGCUGAGUGUGAUGAAGUAUGAAUAUAGUAUCUGCAGUUAGAGAAGCCUAUACUUAUUUCAUACCUUGCAAUACUUGUCAGUCAUUAUAAUAGGAUUAAAAUUUCUAAUCAUGUGUUGGUUGUCAUUCUUUUACUAAGGCUUUUAAUACCUACAUUGAAUCUGGUUACUAUUUUUUUCGGUUUUAGUUAUCUUGUAUUGCAAAAAGUCAAGUGCAAUAUUUUGACAAGUCCAGUAAUAAAUAUAAAAAAUAG